AUGUCUUCCACAGCUACAUCCACCGUCUCGCCUGGUCAAGCAGAUGAAAAACUGCGUCUAGAACCACCAUUUAUCACCAAACCAACAGUAUCACCACUGACCGCGAGCACUGGUCAGAAUGCCACUGCCAAUUUGACUAAAGAAUCCGUGGCUUCAAAGUCGGAACAACCAGCACCAUACUUGCAAAAAGAAGACUACAAAGAAGCUGAAGCGACUACAACUACCACCACCACCACUUCGACAGAAACUAACCCAUUAUUCCAAAAACGUAAAAUCUUGCAAAAAAAGAAACCAGAACCAAAAAACUACACGAAAUUGCUUUGGACUAUUGGCCAUGUUUUGGCAUUGAUAUCUGGUUUGGUGUUUAUCUACAUUUAUUUUGUACAUUUCAAGUCCAGAAGAGGCUUGUAUUCGAUGAUCGCUUAUCGGGCAUCAUUGAUCGGGUCAAUACUUGCUUAUACCAUGUCGAUUUUCUCAAAGUUUGGUUUAAGCAUGCCUAAUUUCUUUGCAUUAAUCACUACGGAAAAUUUCCAAUACUUGUUGUUAUGUGUCGUGUGGGUUUUCACCAGAUCGUCAGUGUUCAAGAUUGCCCCAUACAUCAUCAUCAGUUUCCUUCAAUUGAGCAAGCAAUUCAAUUUGAUUGGCAAAUACCCAAAAAGCCUUGUUAAAGGAUUGGCGAUGAUGAUUUCCUACAAUGAAUUGAUGGUGGUGGCAGUGCUUCUCGUCAACACUUUGAUGAUGAGAGGUACUUCGGGUUUUGCUCUCGUGACGUUCUUGUUAUUCUACUGGUUGAGAAUUGUGUAUUCCGAAUCAACAAAGUUGUUUUUCAAGGAUUUUGCAGAAACCGUCGAUGCAAGAAUUAUUUGCAAGUGCCCGCCAGCAGUGCAAGUGCAAUUCCACCGGUUUAUGAUGAGUGCCCAAGUUAAGGGAGAAAAGGUCGAAGAGACUUUCCACUCGAUGAAAGAAACUAGUAAAGAUAUUAAGGCUGCUGCUGAUUGUAAAGUGAGCAUUGCUAAAGACACUGAUAAACAAGAAGUUUUUGAAACUGCUUCAAAAACUACUGGUCGUGGAGAUGUCAAUAUUUCUGCUUCUGAGAAAAAGCCUGACGAGCCAAGCAAAUAA